AUGCCCUCCUUCAGCGAUGUCUGCGGCUGGAUCUCCAUCCUGACGUGGCUCGGAGCUCAGUUUCCACAGGUCCUCGAGAAUAUCCGGAAUCAGUCCGUUGAAGGCCUUGCGCUGCCGUUCCUUCUCAAUUGGCUCUUAGGAGACCUCACAAACUUGAUCGGAUGUCUAUUAACACGCCAACUCCCGUUCCAAACCUAUCUCGCCAGCUACUUUUGCUUCGUCGACGUGACUCUAAUGGGCCAAUUCUUGUACUAUUCCCGCAAAGCUUCCCUCAAGGGCAAGGCCGCUCCGACCACGCCCGCAUUACAUUCCCGACAUAGCACAGCGCACUAUCGUGCUCUGUCCAAUGCGGCGGCCAACGUCGCAGCCAGCGCCGCGCUCGCCGCUCGCCCAGACAGUGAACGCGCCGAGGAUGAGGAUGAGGUUGAUGAAGACGCACUAGCUGCACUCGCCGAGAGCUUUCACUCUGAGCUCGGACAUAGCCAUUCGCGGAUCGGCCGGCGCGGAGUUUCAUGGAGCAGAGAACGCCCACUGUCGCCUACGCUCGAGCCGCUUAAUCCUCUAGUACUGUCGCGUGGUCGUGCCGCUCAGCCGUACGCAGAAGAGGAGGGGGCAACGGAGAGGGAGGAAAGCCAGCGAAGACGAAGUUCGCGGGCGAGUCGUGUCAGUGCUAGUAUGGUGUUCAUGAGCGCAUGGGCCCUCUUCAGCGUUGGGGCGCUAGUGGGAGGCGGCCGAACCGUAACACGCGAUUCGGGGAUACGGUUAUCGCGUGGGAGGGUGUUGGCGGAUGUGAAGCCCGUACCACUCGCUGAAGCGCAUCUCGUGCCGAUACACCCAUUGGUACCCGUGGACGCGCCGCCACCGGCCUCUUCAGCUGAAGUGCUCGUCUCGUUUGAGUCACUGCCUGAGGAUGGCACAUUCGACACUCAGUCCGACGAUGGCGGGUCAAUGGAGCGCAUCAUCGGGCGCAUCUUCGCGUGGACAUGUACUACGCUCUAUCUCACAUCUCGCCUACCACAGAUCUGGAAGAACUACGUGAGGAAAUCCGUUGAGGGGCUAUCCGUAUUCCUCUUCAUCUUCGCUUUCCUCGGCAACUUCUUCUACGUCUUAUCUAUCCUCACCGCGCCCAACAUGUCCCUUCCACCUCCCGAAGCAGCCGCUUAUCUCAAGGAGAGCAUACCGUACCUACUCGGUAGUGGUGGCACGCUCAUGUUCGAUGUAACAAUUGUCUGCCAGACAAUGCUAUAUCGACCGAAAGCGGCCAUACAGGCGCGCCGUAGUUCGCUCAGUGGAGGCGUUGAAGAGCGCGAGGCGUUGAUGAGCGCGAGUGCGGACAUCGACGUCGCUACGCCGAGGAGACGGGUCGUCGGCGCGGAUGGCGCUUGA